AUGUGUGACCAAUGCCGCGUUGGCCACAAACGACAGCAGAUGUUCUUCGAAGGUCAUGAGAUCGUUUCUAUCCAGGAUAUCGUUGAGGGUAAUGUUACACCUAGUCGCCCCUCCGAGAAAUGCUCCGUCCACAGACUAGAGAACAAAGAUAUGUUCUGUCAGGAUUGUAAGAUGCGCGUCUGUUUCAAGUGCGUCGUCAUCGACCAUCGAGAUCACAAGAUAAAAUCUCAUAUGGACUUCGAAAAAGAAAUGCAGGCUAAGGUGAGUGAUCUUCUCCAUCGUUGUAAAGCCAAGCAAUCAGAACUGGAGAAGAACAUUCAGACUGUGGAGAUACAUCGUCAUGCAGCACACAUUGCCCUUCAUCUACUACGUGAAGAUGUCGGCCAAGCUUGUCGUACCAAGGUCAAGCAACUAGAAGACAACCGACGUGUACUUGUUGUGAAGAUCGAUGCUCUGGAGCGUAGUUUUGAUGAAGCCCUCAACGGUGUCAAAUCGAAUGAUGAACAGAUGAUCAAGAGCAUUUGUAGUUCGGUAGAUCUGGUGAAUAAUGCCAGACUGGGAUGUCUCGAGACGGACAGUCUGGCUGCUCACACAUUCCUUUGCGAAGAGAUCGGUGCCUUGCUAAAGGAGGUUAUUGAUCAAACUUCAGCAGCAACCAUAAGGGAGAAGGCACAGAAGCAGAGAUUCAAGCCUGCAGCUGACACCAGUCUUGACCUUGGGAAUAUCACAGAAACGGUUCGAGGACAACCACCCCCUAUGACACAUCUCGACAACCAUCUCCUAGGACAAUCAACCCCCAAGGUUCACAUCUCUUCAAUUUUCGUUCUCGAGUCCCACACCGAGAUCAAAUCCGAAGUGUAA